UAUCCUGAUCGGCGCGCGUGUGCGUGGCACAGUCCAGCGUGAUUGAAGUACACAACAGAAUUACAACAGCUGCAGCUUGUUCACAGUCAAUAUUCAUAAUCAUGGUUGGCUUUUCACCGCCAUUCAUUAUUGCAGUGUUUAUUGCAGUAGUGACUGCUGAUAGCGAGGAUAGUCCAGUGGUGCAUCUUGGCAAAUCGUCAUCUGUAAAAGGCUUCAUCACACGGGCAGUCGACUCCCAGACACCAGUCUACAACUUCCGCAGCAUCUACUAUGCAGCGCCCCCUACCGGUAAGCGACGCUUCGCUCCCCCCGCACGCAGGAAGCCCUUUGAGGGCCUCUCUGACGCCACCAAGUUUGGCCCGCUUUGCCCCCAAGACAUAGAGCAGGCGGAAAAGGCAUUUGUUGGGCUGCCGAUGCCGACACGAGAAGUGAGCGAAGACUGCCUCCACCUCAACAUCCACACCCCAUCUCUUGAUGACGAGGCCAAAUUGCCGGUCAUAGUUCACUUCCGGGGUGCGUUUGCCAACGGGGGAGCGGGUUUCUAUGAUGGAACAGCCCUUGCUGCCCAUCACCAAGUGGUGGUCGUGACUGUCAAUUAUCGGCUGGGAGCGUUGGGUUUCUUGAGCACCCUUGAUGCAACGUCGCCAGGGAACUAUGGCCUCUUAGACCAGGGUGCUGCCUUGCGCUGGAUCGGUGCAAACAUCAAGAAAUUUGGGGGCGACCCCAGCGUGGUCACCAUCAUGGGAGAGUCAGCGGGAGCCAUGAGUGUACACUUCCACAUGUUAUCUCAUGUCAACGAGAGGCUCUUCCAUCGAGCCAUCGCCCAAAGUGGGAUGGCCAAUGCCCCUACGGCGCUGGUCCGUGACCCCAAAGAUUUGGCCGAGAAACUGGCAAAUGCGCUCAAGUGUCCCACAGACAACACCAGAGUGAUGGUGGAGUGUCUUCGUCAGAAACCGGCCGAGAAGUUCAGCCAGAUAAAGCUCACCAAACGCCCCAUCGAGUUCGGCCCUGUGGUGGAUGGCUUCUACUUGAAAGACGAUCCCAGGGAAAUCCAGACUAAGUACCAGGUCCCGAGGAAGGAGUUGCUGCUCGGGUUUAACAGUGAUGAGGGCGGACAAUCCAUUCUGGACAGCAGAGGCUCAAAGGAUUUUUUCAAGUUUCUUUCAGCUAAGACAUUUGACACUUUCCUGGAAGAACUGCUCUAUCUUACGGUCCCAAAAGAUUUGCCUAUCAAGCCCCUUGCUCGGGCCAUCACCAAAAUCUACACUGGAGAAGGGUCACUUAAAGACGAUGAUCAGGCUAGAAAGACCGUCUCAGAUGUCAUCACUGACAGCAUGUUUGUGGCGCCAGCGGUAACCACUGCUAACACUCUCAGCAAGAAUGGACUAACCAUCUUUCUGUAUGAGUACGGCCACCGAUCCUCGUUUUCCACCAUCCCCCACUGGGCCAAGGCAGACCACAGGGACGAGGAGGCCUACGUCUGGGGCGAACCCUUCAUGGAAGGGAGAGGGACGGGGCCUGAGAAGUUCACAGAGGAGGAGAGGGAGUUGUCCAAGGCCAUGAUGCUGUACUGGACCAACUUUGCUAAAUACGGCAAUCCCAACGGUGUUUCCACAGCUGAUGAUGCCGACCAUCCCCUCCUGUACUGGCCCCAGUAUGAACUAAGUGAGAAGAAGUACCUGGAGCUGGACAUGAGCCCCCAGGUAUCCCAGAACGCCAAGGUAGAGAAGGUGGACUUCUGGAACAAGCUGUACUCCUUCUGGAAGCUGGGCCGGCGAAAGAAAGAGGAGCUGUAGGGAGAUGGUGCAACGUGGGAUUUAAGGAGAAGGGGUGGAACUCCUUUGAAGAGCUCAGGUACCGGUACAUGCAUUUUACCAAGAUUUAUAUAUAUUUUUGCCCCUAAAAGUGUCUUUUCCUCCGGGAUACUUUUCAAGCUUUGUAGACUUCAUUUCCUUUGGAAACUCUUUCGAAGGGGCCAACACCAAAGGCCAAAAAGUACAUUAUUUUGUGGGUUUUUUCUUCAAAUACUGACCCCAAAUUGAUCAAAUUUAGUUAGCCUACAUUUUGUUUACAAUCGGUUACACAUCUGUGAAUGGGUGCAAGCCAGCUAGUCUGGUUCCCUGACCUGUCAAGUCCCCGACGUCUAUAAAUUUCUCUGAUUCAUUUGAGUUAGUGUCAGGGAACCAGACUACGAGAACAGCAUUUUUUU